GUUAAGAAAAUUUAUAUGUUUUCCGGACUUGGGAUAAAUUAUUCAUACUUCAAUAUUAUUUCAAAAUUAAUUAAAUAAUUCCCCACAGUUAAUUUAAUUAUCAACACAAAUAUUUAUUUAAUUAUCGGUCCAAACUAAAAUUAGUGUUCUAUACCUUACUAAUUAUUCUACAAAAACUAUAGCAACUUGGAUCAUAACAAAUCAUUUUAUCUUACUUAACCAUUUUGAUCUAAGCCCAUAAUUAAUUAAAAUAAAAUUUGGGCUUCCUUCUACUAUACACUGAAGUCCCAAAUAUUUAACAACAGUUGGGCUUGAAUUUUAAAAAUUUUCGCCUGGCCCAAUUGAUCAAAUCCUGAGUCCAAAUAAGAAACCCCCAUUCAAAUAGCCUAUGUCUUCUUUUUCCUCCCUCAUUCACCAAAAAUGCACAGCCUCCCCCUUUCACCUUCCUCACUGCCGCCGCACACCAUACUCACCGCCGCCGCCAGUCGUCGCCAUCCUCAGCGCCACCGCCCGCCGCCGACUCCUCUCUCUUCUCUCUCUCGGCUAUGCUCACGCCGCCGCCACCGCCGUUUCUGCUGUACGAGCGGCGGCUCGCCGUCGCGGCCCUCCACCUCCCUCUCUCGAUUUCCACCGUCAUCACAUCACCGCUGCUCCACCACCUCAGCCCCCCCUUUCUCCCGAAUCUGCCGCCGCCGCCGCUGUGCAUGCACAGGCGGCGGCCCCGCCGCUUCUUCUACACGCCUCGCGCUGCCGGAGCAGCUCCCCGAAGCCACCACAGUCGCCGCCUCCUCGCCGGAUUUCCGAAAGGUUGUGAAAUUAGUGACGUAUCGGGGUGUGGGGCUGUCCUCGUCGUCUCCCGGCUGCCAAAGACCCAUUGCCGGAAAUCCGGCAGAUUCUUAUUCUAGAGAUAAG